AUGGGCUACAAAGCCGGUAUGACCACCAUCGUCCGAGAUCUCGACCGACCAGGUGCCAAGAUGCACAAGAAGGAGAUUGUCGAGGCUGUUACAGUCGUCGAGACGCCACCAAUGAUCGUUGUUGGUCUCGUUGGUUACGUUGAGACUCCACGAGGCCUCCGAUCCCUCACCACCGUCUGGGCCGACCACCUUAGCGACGAACUCCGCCGACGAUUCUACAAGAACUGGUACAAGUCGAAGAAGAAGGCUUUCACCAAGUACGCCAAGAAGCACGCUGAGAAGGGCGCCUCUACUUCCCGAGAAGUCGAACGAAUCAAGAAAUACUGCCAGGUCGUCCGAGUACUCGCUCACACUCAGAUCUCAAAGACUCCUCUUACACAAAAGAAGGCGCACUUGAUGGAAAUCCAGGUCAAUGGUGGCAGCACUGCUGACAAAGUUGACUUCGGGUACGGUCUAUUCGAGAAGCCAGUAUCCAUCGACACCAUCUUCGAGCAAGAUGAGAUGAUCGAUGCUAUUGCUGUUACCAAAGGUCACGGUUUCACAGGUGUCACAUCGCGAUGGGGUACCAAGAAGCUCCCACGAAAGACGCACAAAGGUCUCCGAAAGGUUGCUUGCAUUGGUGCAUGGCAUCCUUCCCACGUCCAGUGGACUGUUGCUCGUGCCGGUCAGGACGGUUACCACCACAGAACAUCUUGCAACCACAAGGUUUACAGAAUUGGCAAAGGCUCAGAUGAGAAGAACGCCGCCACUGACUACGAUGUCGUCAACAAGACCAUCACACCAAUGGGUGGUUUCGUCCGAUACGGUGAGGUCAAGAACGACUUCGUACUCCUCAAGGGCUCAGUCCCAGGUGUCAAGAAGCGAGUCAUCACCCUCCGAAAGUCUAUGUACACACACACUUCCCGCAAAGCCCUCGAAAAGGUCGAGCUCAAAUGGAUCGACACCUCGUCCAAGUUCGGCCACGGUGCUUACCAGACUCCACAAGAGAAGAAGCAAUUCUUGGGUACGCUCAAGAAGGACCUCGUUGCUUCUUCGUAG